AUGAAUACGAAUGUAAAGCGCCUUCGCAAGGAGUUGCAGGAGCUUAAGAAGAAUCCGGAAGAGGACAUGGUUCUCUAUCCAGAGGAAGACACUAUUAUGCGAUGGAAAGCUUUCAUUCGUGGGCCAAAAGACACUCCCUUUGAGAACCGUUGUUUCGAACUGGCCAUCCAAACGACUCCACUGUAUCCCAUGGAGCCGCCAAAAAUGAAGUUUAUCACUAAAGUUUUUCAUCCAAACGUGCAUUUUAAGGAUGGCAGUAUCUGCCUAGAUAUUCUCAAACGCGAGUGGUCUCCAGCAUGGACCUUGAGGGCUGCGUGCUUGGCCGUGAUUUCAUUGUUGUCGGACCCAGCGGCUGACUCGCCACUCAACUGCGACGCCGGAAAUAUGAUUCGUGCGGGAGACAUGCUUGCGUAUAAUUCUAUGGCCGAGAUGUAUAAGCAAGAGUAUGGGCUUUUGGAGCUUCCAACAGACCCAUUUUAA